UGUGGCAGUGAACAGCUCAGUGAAAGACACUUGUAAGAUCCGUACGCCCAGUGCUGAGGACCACCAUACAGAGAUGGGCAGAGUGAAGCCUGUGAAAAUUGCAUCCAGCCAUGCUGGGGUGAAGAUCCUGUGCUUGCAGAGAGCUGCCAGGCACCCACUUGGCACUCACAGUGUCCCAGCACUGAUUGUCACUCCCCAUGCUGCCUGCCUUGCUUGGAGUUCAUGCCACUGGUCAGUUUUCAGUCUCCUUGGAUGUCCCAGCUCUCCUUUCACCACCUGGGGCAGAAAACUUUGGGGGAGCUCUGCGCCCAUCCCCAGACACACUGUGGGCUGAUAUAUGCAGGUUUCUUGCUGUGAGCAGCACUCAGGCUAUGCUCAUUGCUCGCGGGUUCGGUAUGCACCGUGCCCCAGUGGUGGCAUCUAAAGGAUUCCAAUCCGCACCGCGGCGAUGCCGGUCCACAGGGCUUUGCAGGCACCAAAUGGAUCCGAGGGGCUGUCCCUCGGAGGAUGCCCUCUGGCGCCCGGGCCGCCCUGCAACAUCGAUCCCAGCCAGGCUGCUGCCCGAGCUGCGGUGCGUUGCUGCGAUACGCCUGUCAAUAAAGGCUGUUUGGAUUGUGGAGCGGAGCGCAAGGUUUGUUUGGUUAGUGGUUAGAGGUUCAAAAGUCGGCAUUGUCCCACUGCAAACGAACACAAGUUUUUUCUCCCGAAGGAAAAGCUGGCUGCGGCCAGAAGGAGGGAGCGAUAUCGGUGGGCCCUUUUAUUUGCUUCCAGGAAUAAUUAAUGGCAGUGAAAAAAAAAAAAAAAAGAAAAGAAAAAAGAAAAAAGAUGACCACAGAGUUAUGAAGAGCCGUCACAACCUGCAGAAACCUGUACUGCUGCAUGCAUCGAUCACAGCCCAAAUGCAUGAUGGAAUGCUUCACCCAGAUCCCAGCAGACUACAGCCCAUUUGUGGGACUCUGUGCUGAAGGCUGAGGCAGUUGGAGCCGAAAGCAAAAGUGGAGCUGCUGCCAGCAGAGCAGGUCUGGAGGCUGGCCAGGAAGGCAGCAGAGUGCAAGGUGUGUGGAGGCAGCGCAGGGCAAAAGAAAGGCACACAGUGCAGUAUGGUGUGGG